AUGCCUAUGCGUCAACCUCGUCGGCACUUCACCACGACGCUCGUCCGUCGUAAAGAUGACCCGGCUGCCACCUCAACAAUAUACAGCAUGUCCGACAUCCAGUCACUCACGGAAUCUCCUGACCCGCACAGGAUCCUGAUCGACGUGCGCGAACCGGCCGAGUUGAAAUCCACAGGCAAGAUUCCGGGAAGUUAUAACCUGCCCAUUUCGGCCUCGGACGCAUACUUUCUACCUGCGGAGGAGUUUGAGGAACGCUUCGGGUUCCAGAAACCAGGGAAGGACGAUGAAGUGAUAUUUUACUGCAAGGCUGGCGUGCGAGGACGGGCCGCUGCGCAGUUGGCCAAGCAGGCCGGGUUCGGUGGGAAAGUGGGUGAGUUUCCCGGGAGCUGGCUCGAGUGGGAGGGUAAAGGGGGCAAAGUUGAGCGGGAGACGUAA